CAAAGAAGCCAGCAUGGAACUUACCUGACGCUACCUACACCGUCCAAGAAUCACCCAUUCCUCUCCUCGCCUCGCUCCGUUCCCACACCCCAAGUCCCGUAUUGUGCGACAUGACGGAGGACAUGCUAUGAUAUUUGCGCCCAGAUAAUCAGCCAUCUCGAGCCGUCACAGAGCUUCCCGUGCUCGUUCUCCCGCUUCGCGUUCCCACCCCUCCUCCCUCCCUUAUAUCUGUGCGAAGAGGACAGAGCCCCGGUCCUCUGUUCAUACCAACGGCGUAUAUCCGAACCUGCAACUUGGACGGCUCGCAUAUAGCGGACGUGGCAUAGCUUGUUUGCCGUCACCAUGUCCAAUUUCUUAGACAGCUCCUUUAGCAUUGUUGCCCAAGAUGCGGGUCCGCAACCUACUGCCAAUGAGCUUCGCAUGGCUCUGGAGAAGGGCAAUGAUGACACCAAAGUCGAGACCAUGAAGCGCAUUCUUGCUACAAUGCUCGCCGGAGAUCCUCUGCCGCAACUCCUCAUGCCAAUCAUCCGAUUUGUUAUGCCAUCCAAGCAUAAGCCACUCAAGAAACUUCUCUACCUGUACUACGAGAUAUGCCCAAAGCAUGGCAAGGACGGCAAACUUCUCCAGGAGUGGAUCUUGGUCUGCAAUGGAAUGAGACUAGAUCUGCAGCAUCCGAACGAGUUCAUCAGAGGGAAUACUUUGAGAUUCGUCAACAAACUAUCUGACCCCGAACUAAUCGAGCCUCUUCUCUCUCCUGCACGUCAGUGCCUAGAGCAUAGACAUGCAUAUGUACGCAAGACUGCAGUCUUCGCGAUUGCCUCAAUUUACCGCAAGCACGAGCACCUCAUCCCAGAUGCCCCCGAGUUACUUCUCAAUUUUCUGAACGAGGAAAACGAUUCUACUGCAAAGCGAAACGCAUUUAUUGCCCUCUCCUCAAUAUCUCCCGAAUCUGCCCUCUCCUAUCUCUCGUCAGUUUUUGAUGGAAUACCAAACGCAGACGAGCUUCUACAGCUGGCCUACCUAGAAUUUAUCCGCAAAGAUGCUGCACAGAGCAGCGAGCGGAAAGCUCGCUAUCUCCGACUCAUCUUCGAUCUCCUGGAAGCAAGCUCCAACACGGUUGUUUUCGAAGCCGCUUCCUCCCUUGUAGCUUUAACGUCAAAUCCUGUGGCUAUCAAGGCAGCAGCGGAGAAGUUCAUCCAGAUCGCAAUUAGAGAGCCUGACAACAACGUCAAGAUCAUCGUUCUGGAGAAGAUCGCUCACCUGAGAAGAAAAAACGAUGGAGUGCUCGAUGAUCUGUGCAUGGACAUCUUGCGAGUUCUCUCGAGUCCAGAUCUUACCGUUCGGCAGAAGGUGCUUGACCUCUGCCUGGACUUGGUGACUUCACGAACAGUCUCCGAAGUCGUGCUUUUAUUGCAAAAGGAGCUCCGAAAGACGGUCGAAGCCGAUUCAUAUGAGAAGAACCAGGAAUACCGCACCAUGUUGAUCGGUGCCAUUCACCAGAUCGCCAUUCGGUUUUCUGAAGUUGCAGCGAAUGUCGUAGGUUCGCUCAUGGACUUUAUCAGCGAAGUGAACAGCAGUUCCUCGGUAGAAAUCAUCUCCUUUGUGAAGGAGGUUGUUGAGAAAUUCCCCAAAUUGCGGUCAACGAUUGUCGAGCGUCUCACGGGUAUACUUGGGGAAGUACGAGCUGGUAAAGUCUAUCGUGGUUCGCUGUGGGUGAUCGGCGAGUAUGCAGGUGAGCAGAAGGAGAUCCAGCUUGCGUGGAAGCGAAUCCGAGCCAGCUUGGGUGAGAUACCAAUCCUACAAAGCGAACAGCGAGCCCUUGAGGACAUGUCUGAGGAGAAGGAUGCGGACGAGCAAGUCAACGGAAAUGGACACGCUGCCCCGAAAUCAACCACAAAGCCGAAAGUCAAUGCAGAUGGCACGUAUGCGACUGAAGUCGCUCUACCUUCAGAAGCGACUCAAAAGCAGAAGUUAGAGGCAGUGAGGGCUGCUUCAAAGCCACCGCUCAGACAGCUCAUACUUGAUGGCGACUUCUUCUUGGCCACUGUGCUCGUCACGACACUCACAAAACUUGUCAUGCGUUUUUCGGAGAUUUCCACUGAUAAUGCAAGAAUAAAUGCGUUGAAGUCGGAGGCAAUGUUGAUUGCUGUGUCCAUACUCCGUGUUGGUGCUUCUGAGUUCGUCAAGUCGAAGAUAGACGAAGAUUCGGUCGACAGAAUCUUGGCCUGCAUUCGAGCCCUGAGUGAGUUCCAGGAGAGAAAGGAGCUUGAGGAGACGUUCUUGCAGGAUACUAGAACGGCAUUCCAGAAUAUGGUGAAGAUCGAAGAUCUCAAAAGGGCACAGAAAGCAGACCAGGAGCGCGCGAAAACGGCUGUCCAGGUCGAUGAUGUCGUACCUAUACGUCAACUUGCUAAGCGUAAUGCUAUGGAUGCUGCAGAUGACGCUGGGGCAGAUCUGGAUAAGGCCACUGGAGGCGAUGCUACCACUGAGGACUUGUCCUCGAAGCUGAGUCGUGUCGUCCAGCUCACUGGUUUCAGCGACAGUGUGUAUGCAGAGGCGUACGUGAAGGUUCAGCAAUUCGACAUCAUUCUAGAUGUCUUACUGGUUAACCAAACUACGGACACCUUGCAGAACCUAACCGUUGAAUUCGCUACCCUUGGUGACCUCAAGGUUGUCGAGAAGCCUGUUCCUCUGACGCUCGCACCGCACGACUUCCAGAAUGUCCAAGCCACAAUCAAGGUUAGCUCUACAGACACUGGUGUGAUCUUUGGCAACAUCGUCUACGACGGACAAAGCUCGACGGACAACAACGUCGUCAUCCUCAAUGACGUUCAUGUCGACAUCAUGGAUUACAUCCAACCUGCAACAUGCUCGGAACAGCAGUUCCGAACCAUGUGGACCGAAUUCGAGUGGGAAAACAAGGUCAACAUCAACUCGAAGACGAAGUCUCUCCGCGAGUUCUUGAAGCAGCUGAUGGCAGCCACAAAUAUGAGUUGUCUUACACCAGACGCAAGUAUGCAGGGCGAUUGUCAAUUCUUGAGUGCAAACCUCUACGCAAGGAGUGUUUUCGGCGAGGAUGCGCUAGCGAACUUGAGCAUCGAAAAGGAGGGUGAGAAUGGCCCGAUUACUGGAUUUGUGAGAAUACGUAGUCGAUCACAAGGUUUAGCAUUAAGUCUAGGUUCACUGAAGGGGUUAAAGGCUACGGCUUCGUAAGAGUGAGACGAAGUCACCUGUCAAAAGAAAAGCUGGUAAAGCCGAGGAAUGGAGUUCUGUACGCACAGUCUAGUGUGACGUUGUUUUUUAUUGCUACAAAAAGGAGCACCGUGCGGUGUCUGUUGCAAGAAUUGGCAUUGCAGAGGGAUAAUGGAAAACGACGGUCAAAGCGAUUUAGCUAUGCGAGCAUAAGGAAGUCCAGGUCAUUCAUAUCAGAAUAGAAAGUUGCAUGUUGUGCAUCUCUGGUAUCUAAAGCUCUAGAGACAAGUGCAAGAAGACACAAAACCCGAACCGUCGCCCUUAUCAACAUGACAAGAAGCUAGUACCAAAUGCUCCGCGUUCGAUGGUGCGGAAUCACG